ACAUACGCUCCAGUCCACCUGACCUCUGGAAUGAAGGUGGACAAGUGAACAACUGCCUCAGUUAGCGUGGCUGGCAACUGCAUGCGCAUCUCGAAAUGAAGAUCCACGGCCGCGGAAGCUUUCAGGAGAUUGUCAAGGCUGUUGAGAGUACACAGCCGGGCCAAUUCCGCUGCCACCGUUUCGCCCUCCGCCCUCCGCGCGUCGUGAGUGGGACCAGAGACGAGAUCUACGAGCUCACACUCGCGUACGCGCUGGAGUCUGGGAGACGAGGGAAACGAGAUGAGCAGUCUGCCGUCGAAAUGCAACGGCGGGGGGCCCAGGUCUGGAACCCCUCGUUCAAUAUGCACGUCGAGUGUCACGCCUCCCUUUUUGCCUCCGCUUUUGCUGCUGGGUCCACUUCACGAUGCUUGGCGCGGCGGUGGUGGAGUUGGCUUGUGUGGUCCACGUUACGUGUUGUUCAAGGGCCCGUGUUGUACGGUACAGCAGCGCCUGGCCCAGUAUGCUCAUGGACCGGGUCCGGCAACAAGGAGAGGCUUCUGCUCGUUACGCAGCGUAGCGGAAGGCGCGCGUAGUUGCGGCUAUGUGAUGGUCGGCCCUAUCCGUGUCAGGCGUAGGCGGCCUCGGUCUGCGGAAUGCAGCAUAGUCGCAGUUCUAGAAGGAGCCGAUCGAAGGAACGGAGCUCCGGCCGCGUCCUUUUGGACUCGAGGGGACAGGGACAGGCCCUCAGUCAUUGUUGCCGAGCGUUGCUGAG